ACACCACUAAAGGGAGCCUCAGUAAUUCUUCCAGACUACAGGCUCCACACACACGCCCCUUUCUCUGCUACUUCAGCGUAACUCAGAUGACAAUUUCUUCAUUGUGUAGAAGCAGGAACAGAGCCAGAGGCUGGCCUCAGAAAUCCAUCUGUUUGCUUGUUGUAUUUUCCUGGUGACGGGGGAAAAUCAACUGGGAGAAGUCACAAAACGCCAGAACCAGCCACCCCAAGUCCAGUUCAAUCCAGUAAGGAGGGAUGUGGGCUCAUGCUUUUGGGUUCUCUGCCUUGCCUCAUAUCGGGGGAAUUCUCGGCUGGCUCUUGACACGGAAGGAAGUGCCUACUUGGUUCGAAAGCCUGAAGAAACCCUCUUGGCGUCCACCCAACAAAAUGUUCCCCGUCGUGUGGACUACCCUGUACACAGGCAUGGGCUACGCUUCAUAUUUGGUGUGGAAUGACUUAGGGGGCUUCAACAGCAAAGCUGUCAUCCCACUGGGCCUCUACGGAGCUCAGCUUGCCUUGAACUGGGCUUGGACUCCCCUAUUCUUUGGCGCUCAUAAGCUAAAACUGGCUCUGGUGGACAUCCUGUGCCUAUAUGGCCUGGUGCUUGGCACCAUGUACUCUUGGUACCCCAUUAACAAGAUGGCAACAAUGCUGAUGGUGCCUUACCUGGCCUGGCUGACCUUGGCUUCUUCUCUCACCUUCUGCAUCUGGAGGGACAAUCCUGAGGAGGAAAAAGGAAAGAGUGACUAAGACAAAAAGAGGAGCUGGUGAAAUAAGGUCAUUCUAUGAAAUCAACCCAUCCUGAUGUGAUGUGGUGAACCAAGAGCUGAUAGCCUGGGGGUGGUUAAUUUUAUUAAGAUUGACACCUGAACAUACAUAUUAUUUGCAUAGGGCGGAUGGGGAAAAUUUUGCAGAAUGCAAUGGGAUGUCCCUUUAAGGCUACCAUAUACCUUUAACCUGAGAACCCCUGCCUCUCUCUUUCUCCAACAAUGCUGGGGUUUUGGGGUUACAGCUGUAUGGUGGCCUUAUAGGGACACUAACAGGUUAAAUCUCAUAGGCCAAUUUCUGCUCUGUUAUGCCACUAUAAAUUCAGAGUCACUCCACUGAAGACAAUGGAGUUAUUCUGGAUUUAUAUCAGUGCAACUGAGAUCAGAAUUUGCUCGCAUACAUUAAAAAAAAUUCUCACCUGUGUGACAAAAAACACCUGAGAUGAUUAAAACAGGACAAUUUUUACAAACCUAAUGGCUUUUUGCCAUUUUUGCUGUUUAAUUUUUGCAUAAGACUCAGUUUGGACUUUUUACCAUUAGCCAUUAACUUCUCACCACCUAGGUUGCUUGCUCAUUACUUGCCAUUCUCUCUGCCUGCGAAAUGAAAAUGGUCAGGUUCAUUUUC